AUGGGUAAGAAACUGGAUGCUCUGCUGGGUAGAAAUUUCAAGGCUGAAAAGUUCAAGCCAACCGUUAACCUUGCAAUCUCUCGCCUCGCUGUCCUCAAAAACCAGAGGCAGUCACGCUUCAAACAAGCCCGUUCGGAUGUUCUUCAACUUCUCCAACUUGGUCACCACCAACGAGCUCUCCUUCGAGCAGAGCAUGUGAUCAAGGAGCAGAAUAUGCUGGAUGUGUAUGGUGAGAUUGAAGGAUACUGCAACCUCUUGAUUGAAAGGGUCCACCUCAUUGCACAAGAAAGAGAAUGUCCCGAGGAACUAAAGGAGGCAGCAUCAGGAUUACUCUACACGGCAUCGAGGUGUGGAGAUUUUCCAGAGAUUCAAGAGAUUCGUGCAAUUCUAACUUCUAGAUUUGGGAGAGAGUUCGCUGCGCGUGCUAUCGAGUUAAGGAACAACUGUGGAGUCCAUCCUCAGAUAAUACAAAAGCUGUCACCGAGAAUGCCGAGCUUGGAAAGCAGAAUGAAAGUACUCAAAGACAUUGCAUCUGAGAACAGUAUUAGUCUGCAGCUUGAAGAAGUCUCUUCUGUUACAGAUGAGGAACAAGUCAAUUUGAAAAGGCAAAACCAGCAUAAGCCUGAGAUAAGGGAAGAAGAGAAUCUCCACAUUUUGCCUAACAGAGGAAAAGAUGGGGAGUUGAUUGAUUCCUUUGAGGCCAGGAAAAAGUAUAAGGACGUAGCUGAUGCAGCACAAGCAGCUUUUGAGUCAGCAGCACAAGCAGCAGCUGCUGCUAGAGCAGCUAUAGAACUCUCAAGAUCUGAAUCACAUGAUCCCGAUGAUCAUAAUAGUUCAAUCCCCCGACCAAGAAAAGUGUUUGAUGGACAUGAUUCUGUGAUAGCUAUGUCUCAAUUGGAAGACAAGGAAAUCCUCACUGAAAAAGAAGUCAACAAGAAUGUAGCAGAGUUAGAGAAGCCAAAGGACAUUUUUAUUUCAAAUUCACCUGACGAGAUUUUAAAGGGGGAUACUGUGUCAAUGGAUGUAGAAAUUGAGGCUGAUCCUUUUUAUGAGAGUGGUAACGAGACCAAUGAUCAGCAGAAGAACAUUCAAUCUUCUGAGCAGAUACCUUUAAAGUAUCAUACUGGUAUAGAGAUUAAUGAAGUGUCGGAAUCCAAGAUGCUGAGCGCACCUCGUGUGGAUUUGGAUAAGAGGCCAUUUUCAGUGAGGACUAGACGAUAA